GGAGGACUUCCCCUCCUCAUGAUGCAGCUCUACAGGACCAUGCUCACCCAGGACCGUGCCAGAACCGAGAGCUGGAUCGUGGACAACGCCGGACUGCAUAACUCGGACUCUGUGACGAGCCUUGUCGCUAAAAGCUGCCAGCAGAGAGGCAACAGGUGGUCCAUCACCUUUGACAUGUCCUCCAUGUAUUCCAGCGACAACAUUCAACAGGCUGAGCUCAGGAUCCGUCUCCCUGCCUUCAGCGAAUCCUCCAGAGCCCGGGUGGACAUCUACCACUCCAAAGUGGACCCGUGCCCCAACGAAAAUUGCUCAGAAAAAAGGGUGUUCCUGGGCCGCCUGAGGUCACAUCCCGGCUCCAAGGCGCCUUCCUCCUGGAAGGUGUUCACCAUGACGGAGAUGCUCAGCCGCUGGCAGAAACAUGAGGAGCAGGAGCAGGAACCGCUCACACACCUGCCCGAGGUUGAAGAGGAGAUGGAGGAAGAACUGGAAGGAGUCCAACACCCUACAACGGACCGGGUCAUGAUGGUGGUCUUUGCCAGGCAGAACCCUGAUGCUCAGAUGAUGCCCACUCUCAUCCACACAGCUGAACAGUCCAAGUACGUGAGCUUGGAAAGGGACGCUGGCUCCAAGAUGAGGCGGCGCCGGACCAAAAGGCAUCCACAGCAUCAGCAGCACCAGCCUAGAGGAACGAUGCCAGUGGCGACCCCUGCUGCCACUGAGAACAAGGAGAGCCCUCUGUGCAGAAAGGUGGACAUGUGGGUGGACUUUGAGAAGCUGGGUUGGAGCCAGUGGAUCGUCUAUCCCAAACGCUACAACGCCUUUCGCUGCGAGGGGGCCUGUCCCACACCUGUAGAUGAGAGCUUCUCACCGACCAACCACGCUUAUAUGCAGAGCCUGCUGAAGCUCCACCACGCGCACAAGGUGCCAUGCUUGUCCUGCGUGCCCACACGCCUGGCGCCGCUCUCCAUGCUCUACUACGAGAACGGCAAAAUGGUCAUGAGGAACCACCAGGACAUGGUGGUGGAGGAGUGUGGCUGCCACUGAGAACACGGACUGUAGAGACAGAGCAGCAACAAACAUCUAGCAGGGACUCUCCGAAUGAUGUUGGUACUUUUUAUGAAUACAAAUGAGGUAACGAAAAGUAUAGCAGGUCGCUGACUGAAGC